CGAGUCCUCGCGCACGGGGCGAAGCGGCCGCAGAGCCGGAGCGGUAUGUGGGCGCUCGGACGGCGCGCGGCCGUGGGCCUGCUACCCAGGACGGCGUCCGGGGCCUCGGCCUCGGUCGGGAUCCCGCGCGGGAGGGAGCCGAUGGGAGCCUGCGGCCACCGAGGCCUGCACGUCACAACCAACGCGGCCUCUGCCGGCCGCCAGCCGAGUUUGAACUUCCGCUACCUCGAUCAGAUUCUGAACAUCAAAAAGCAGAGUAUCUGUGUGGUGCAUUUGAGGAAGUCAGGAACUUUGGACAACCCCAGCUCUCUAGAUGAGACAGCUUAUGAAAGACUUGCAGAGGAGACGCUGGACGCCCUGGCAGAGUUCUUUGAAGACCUUGCAGACAAACCCUAUACCCUGGAGGACUACGAUGUCUCCUUUGGGGGCGGCGUGCUAACCAUUAAGCUGGGCGGGGAUCUAGGGACCUACGUGAUCAAUAAGCAGACCCCGAACAAGCAGAUCUGGUUAUCUUCUCCCUCCAGUGGCCCCAAGCGCUAUGACUGGACCGGGAAGAACUGGGUGUACUCCCACGAUGGCGUGUCCCUGCAUGAGCUGCUGGCCAGGGAGCUGACUGCAGCCUUAAAGACCAAACUGGACUUGUCUUCCUUGGCCUAUUCUGGAAAAAGUGCCUGACCAUCCACCAGUUCAAAGACAUUAAAGCUAUCAGGCCAAGACCCCCAGCUUUCUUCUGUGGCUGAGUGUCUACUUUCCUAUGCCUGCUUCUGAGGACAGUCACACUGUGUAACAGCUCUGUGAAAAAGUGUGUUACCUCCUA